UCGGUUUAGGGGAGGAUGUACAAUUUAAUUUGUGUGCUUGAAGUUAACCAGUCUAAGACUUGGCUCUUCUGUUAGCGCUUAUUCGCUAACGAGUUGCAAAAAAUAAUUAUAAUAGCCAUAAACUUUACAUUUUGUGUGUGUAUAUAUAUACUUACUUUGGGGAGUGUUGUUUGUGGUAGCGAAUCAAUCUUGUCUUGAAAUGAAAGCGGGUGUUCUACACUGCCGAUGCCAUAAAUGUUCCUCUGUGCCUGCGAGGAAGCGGGUCCGAAAACAGGUCUCCUGUCUGGGCCUCCUGUCUCUACCUGAAGAGGUGCUGCUUUAUGUUCUCCAGUGUCUCUCAGCUGAAGACCUGCUCUCUGUCAGAGCUGUGCACUCUCAUCUCCGUAAUGUCAUCGACAACAACUCAAGCAUUUGGGCACGAGUCAGCUUCAAGGACCACUGGCCCGCUCCAGACUCUGUCUGGCUCUUUGAGAGGGCUGCAGAGAAAGGAAAUUUCGAGGCUGCAGUAAAACUAGGAAUUGCGUAUUUGUACAAUGAAGGACCGUCACUCAGUGAUGAGGGCCGGGCUGAUCUAUGUGGCAGGAUGGCUGCACGAUUCUUCACCCUGGCUGAGUGUGUGCGCUCUCCGCUGGCCGAUCCCUUCAUCUGGCUCUUUAUCCGGCCACCAUGGUCUCCCUCUGGGAGCUGCUGCAAGGCUGUGGUGUACGAGCAUCUCAAAGCAGAGUGUGAGAACAACAAGGAGAGGAGAGGUGCACUACUGCAUUGCCUGGCGAGAGUCCUUGAGCUAUCUGACGAUGAGGAGACGCGUGCAGAAGCUCUUGCCAUAUUGGACGAGUCAUCGUGCUGUGGCAGUGUGCAGAGCUCGUACCUCCUGUGGGAGAAAAAUCACCACACAGCUAUGGCUGACCCUGGUAGGUAUCUACAGUGUGCGCGCACACUCCGGGACUAUGCUGCCAGGGGCUGCUGGGAAGCUCAGUUGUCUUUAGCAAAAUCAUGUGCCAGCAGCAAUCCUCUGGGUUUGGAGCCUCGGGCCUGUGCUGACCUGGUGGCUCAACUCUUUCUUUCCUGUCCAUCACCUCCACGAUGCUCUGACAGCCCACACAAAGAGGGCAUCAAUGACACUAUGAGGUAUAUCUUGGUUGACUGGUUGGUGGAGGUAGCCACCAUGAAGGAUUUCUCCAGCCUGGCACUGCAUGUGACUGUGGGGUGUGUAGACCGUUAUCUGGCCCGACGCUCUGUGCCCAAGGCUAGGUUACAGCUUCUGGGUAUUGCCUGCAUGGUCAUCUGUACAAGGUAUAUCAGCAAAGAAAUUCUGACCAUUCGAGAGGCUGUGUGGCUCACUGAUAACACAUAUCAGUAUGAGGACCUGGUCAGGAUGAUGGGGGAGGUCAUCUCUGUGCUGGAGGGGAAGAUCCGAACUCCCACUCUGCUGGACUAUGGUGAUGUACUGCAGUCUCUGCUGCCCAUGCAGUGCCGCACUGCUCAUCUCUUCAGCUACAUCUGUGAGCUGUCUCUGCUCUUCUCCCCCCUCAUGGUGUCUGGGCCUGCUCGCCUCGCCAGUGCCACCCUGCUGCUCACCCGAGCACUGCACAACUACGCUCCUGUAUGGCCAAGUCAGUUGGUGGAGAGCACAGGCUUCACAGAACAGGACCUGGUGCCCUGUGCUUUGCUGAUCUACAUCAAGUGCUUCAGCCAGGAUGUGCCAAAAGAUUACAGACAAGUGUCCUUAACUGGUGUUAAACAGAGGUUUGAAAGUGACUCCUACCAGCAUAUAAGCAAAGAUGCAGUAAUGGACUUUAAAGAAUUGUGCCAGGUUCUGGAGGUUCCAGAGAUAGAACCACAAAUUGAGCUUCCUAGUGCGAACAGCCAAUCAGCAGACAUCCACACAUUCCUGUCUUCGCCAUCCAGCAACAGUAAAAGGAGAGAGGCUAGCAUGCAUACCCAUCGAGGCAGCUUUGUGGCCACACCCACAGCUGAACUGUCCAAUCAAGAAGAAACCCUUGUGGGUGACAUCCUAGACUGGAGCCUUGAUGCUUCUUGUUCAGGCUAUGAGGGAGAUCAGGACAGUGAUGGAGAGAAGGAGUGUGAAGUCUCUGUCUUCUCAGUCCAGCUACAGACUGUGCAGUCUGCUGAUGUACGGCUGCACUGCAGUGCUCUUUCAAGUGAUGAGGACACCAUGGAUGCGCCUACUGCCUCCUGUUCUUCCUUUUCCUCCAAACGCCCGCUCCGCAUCAAUCUCCACAGCUCUGGAUACUCCUCUGUCCAGAGCAGCAGUCCUUCCAGUGCUGCCUCUUCCUCCUCCCUGAUGUCUUGCCAUCUCUCACCAGUCAACCUGGCACCAGUGUCGGUGCCUGCUUCACCUGGCUUCCAUCUUCUGGUGCCCAUGCAGAGACCCUGUGGCUCCACCCACCGGCAGGUGAAGAGGAAGAACACAGCAGCCCACAGUGGUGGAGAAAUGGAGAUAGAAAGGGAAGAUGGUGAACUCUCUUACGAUGAACAAGCUUUCCUCAGCUUAUGAUGAUCCAGUUGGCUCCAGUAGCCAUGGUUGAGAUCUGUGCCUGUGAGAAGCAAUCAAAUGGCAGCUUUCAAAUCCUGUACAAAGUAUCCAUGAUGAUGCUUCUAAGGAUUCUCUAAAACAUAAAUUUCUAACAGUCAAUAAUAGUUCAUUGGGGACCAGUUAGCAUUAUGUAAAUAAAAUUUUGCUAGUUGGCCUUACCAGCAUUCAUUCAUUGUUAGCUGUCUGUGUACUUGGACACUGUCCCAUUAAGACAAAAGGAAAGGGGGGAAGAACAAUGAUGGUCUUGUUUGGAUAUUGUCUGCUUCACCUUGGGUUGUGACAAAUUCUACACAUGUAGAAGACUUUUUGCAAACACUUCAUCUACAGGGUCAAUUACUGAUUUAAUUUACCAACAAUUAAACCACUGGAAUUCUUGAAAAAAGUUCAGCUUGUGAACCUGUGUCUCUGUAAGACCUGAGCCAAAUGAACAGACUAUUACAAUAACCUCAUUUCAUCCACCAGCGAAACUCUGACUAUCUUGGCGUUUACAUUGUGUGUGUGUGUGUGUUUUUUUUUUUUAAAUAUAUAAAGAGUCAAAAGUUUGUGCACCCCAUACUCAGUUUUUUCUGUAUUGUUUCUACAUUUUAGAACAAUACUGGAGACACAUAUAGAGUAUGAAAUAACAGAACAUGUAUGGAAUUAUGUGGUAAACAAAUUGUGAAAUGAGAGGUUUCAUAUUUUAGAUUUUUCAAAGUAUUCACCGUUUCCCUUGACACUUUGCACACUAUUGCCAUUAUCUUAACUAGCUUUAUGAGGUAUUCAUCUGGAAUACUUUUCAAUUUACAGGUGUGCCUCAACAAAAGUUAAUUAGUGGAAUUUUUUGCCUUCAUGUGUUUGAGAUCAAAUAGUAAAUGAUAAAAAUACAGUAAAUGGCCCUAUUCAACAACUCUAGUAAUCCAUAUGUUGACAAAUGGCAGUCUCUCAUUACUUUAAACCAUGAACUGUCUUAAUGAACAUACAGGGGAAAAAAAAAGCAUUGAAUUAUACAUUGUCCAAAUAUGUGAGAGUGGUGUGGGUUUUUUUUUUUUAACUAUCCAAAAAUUGAGAGCCAUCAAAAUACAGCUUUCAUUGAACUCUCUUCAGGGCACUGAUGUAUUUGUUUCUUUGGACUGCUGUUCUGUGUAAGAAUAAAUUAUACUUUACAUCUUUUUGUACGUUAAAUACCCGAUGUGCCUUUUCUUUCAUUCUAAUGACUUGUUUCUUGUGCCGUGUUCUGAUGCCAAAGGUGUUGUAAUUCUUUUUGAGUGUGGUCAAGUAUUCUACUUGUACUGUAACAUUUCAUACAGCAUACAUACUGCAAACGGUGCUGACUGUGAUAGCAUUAUUUCACCUAUGAGGAGGUUUUUUAAAUUAUGGAAUAACACAAACUUGCAACAUGCUCAGUUUUAAUGCACGAGAUCAGAUAUGCCGUUUCUUCAUAACCUCAAAUGAAACCAAGCACUUUUUUACUUUGCAACACUGGAGAAACAGUGUUCUUAAACAGCUGUGUGUCUUUUCUGAAAGAUUAACUGCAUGUGUGUUAUUCACUGCUCUACAAGUAGAAGCGUUCCUGUAUUUACAAAACGUCACAACCCAUGACAUGAGUUUUUUUUUUAAAUGCAUCUUUUCAGUACUGUAACAUCAUUAGGUUUUUUUUUACUGUAAAUGAUUCAUACUCGUGUAUAUGUACGUAUCUGUAUGAAGCUGUGAAAAACCACUACUUGAAACACAUAGCUCUAUAGAUGUUUGAAAAGUGUUGUCAAAAACAAUAAAAUAAUGCUGCAGUACAA